CAACGCUUUGAUCUCCCCAUAUGUUUCGGGACUACUUGGCUACGAGCGACUUGGUCUCCCACUUUAGCGCCAGCGCUCGAUCUUAUUAGUGUACCUCUGUACCCCGGUUACGCUCGCUCGCGGUUAUUAUCUUUCGAUGGAGGUGAAGGCGGCAGGCAAGUCGCAACGCAAGCGGCUGCAGCGGCAGCUGGAGUUUUAUAUGAGCGAGAGCAACCUCCGCCAGGACAAGUUCCUGCAGCAGACCAUGGACGAAGAGGGCUUUAUUCCCGUGCGCGUGUUCCUGUCCUUCAACAAAUUAAAGUCUCUCAAUGCAACGGAGCGCAUGAUACUGGAUGAGGCCGAAAAGUCGUCGACGAUUCGAGUUGAUCGCGCGAGCUGCUGCAUCGCUCCGAAGGUUGUGCCGGUAGCUGGCCAGGAUCUCCAAGCUGACGCCCGCACUAUCUACAUCGACAGCUUCAGUGCGACAGAUGACCACGAUUCGCUACGGCGAACCUUCGCCAAGUUCGGCAAGGUAAACCUGGUGAGUCUGCCCAGAUUCCCCCAGAGCAAGAAGUUCAAAGGGUUUGGCUUUGUGGAAUUCUCCGAUCAAAGUGCUGCCAACAACGCUUCUGCCAAGUCCUCGGAUGCUGAUCUGCGCGGAAUUCGUGUCAUGAGCAAGACGCGAUGGAUCCAGAUGAAGGAACAGUUGAAGCGGCAGCUGUCCUGUCCAGACGGAGACUUAGCAACAGGCAAUGAUAUUGACAAGGUAGACAGCGCUAGCACGCCAGAUAACUCCUCUACUUGCGAUGUAAUGAGUAAUGCCGCUGGAAAGAAGAAAAAGAGGCGCCGAAAACGAGCGGUGGGCGGUGGUCAUCUUCACUUCGGCGAUGACGAAGGGGGAGAGGAAGGAGCUUCUGGUAGUGAAGACAACCGUGAAGCGACAAAAAAGCAAAAAACAUGAAGUGUGAAAAUCACCUUCAUUAAAUGCGGUAUGUAGCGGGAUCAACAUGCUCGAGGUCGUACAGGUGAGCGAUCUUCUUCAUCAUUUCUUUUCGGCUCUUGCUUGUGGCGUUGUCAAACAAAAGAUCGUAGAGCGAGCUGAGAUUGAACACAACCACGCCGUUGAGGAACCGCUUUGGGUUUGACCUGAU